AUUCAACAAAUACUUUGUUGAAAAUUACCCACAUAACACAAACUGGUCAUUUCUCAGAAAUACCUCUGCUUUGUUAAGGCUUCCUAUGCCUUUACUUUCCCAGGAAAAAUUUGAUCAGUUUUUAUAUUAAAAAAACAACAACCCUACAACUCCACAAAUACACCCCUCCCAAAUUGCUUGAGGGUCAUGACCCAAAGUUAAGAGAACUCAUGCUUUACUGUUUGGAAAUCUGAGGUACAAUGUACAAAUAAUGCUAAUUUAAAGCAAAACUGAAAUGCACAUGAAAAUUACUGAUAGUGCAUUAUAUAAACUUUAAAUACUCAUAUCCUACAAAGGUCUAUCCUUGCUAGCAUUCAUUUCGUUUUACGAAUGGGUGAGACGUUCAUUUGAAACAGAUUUUCUAAAAUUUGCAAAUUAUGACAGAAAUCAAAUAUUUUUUACAUAUUUUUCACUCUUCGCUGUAUCUAUAUUCAUGGCUAGAAAAUUGCAUUUGCCUUUUUUUAAAAAAAUACAAUAUUAGCUUUCCGAAUGGACAGCAGCCUUCUCUCCAUUAACAAUCUAGAAAUACAUUCCCCAGCAUGCAACUGAUAUCAGGGAGCAUGCGCAACAGCGCUCAACACAAUGGACAAAGGCCCCCUCCCAAUUUCUGAACAUGCUCAGUGGUAGCCACGCGCCCACGCCGUCUUGCAGGGUCUUAGGCAUCAUGGCGGAGAUAGAGGUCUCGCAAGCUACCCGGAUCCCGCAGACUAACGCUCCUUCCUCCGCUACCUCCUCUACCGUUACAGCACCGCCGGUAGUAGGUGGAAGCGGAGCUGGAGGAAGCACCAGCGACCCGGUCCGUCCAGGAUUAAGUCAGCAGCAGCGCGCGAGCCAGCGCAAGGCGCACGCGCGGAGCUUCCCGCGGGCAAAAAAGCUGGAAAAGCUGGGAGUAUUUUCAGCAUGCAAGGCUAAUGACUCUUGCAAGUGCAAUGGCUGGAAGAACCCAAAUCCUCCCACAGCUCCCCGCAUGGAUUUGCAACAAACAGUCACCAAUCUCAGUGAACCCUGCCGUAGUUGUGGACACACACUAGCUGACCAUGUCUCUCAUCUGGAGAAUGUCUCUGAGGAAGAGAUCAACCGUCUUCUGGGGAUGGUGGUAGAUGUGGAGAACCUCUUCAUGUCUGUGCAUAAAGAGGAAGACACAGAUACCAAACAAGUUUAUUUCUACUUGUUCAAGCUUCUAAGAAAAUGCAUUCUACAGAUGAGCCGUCCAGUUGUCGAGGGCUCUCUUGGAAGCCCCCCCUUUGAGAAGCCAAACAUUGAGCAGGGUGUCUUAAACUUUGUACAAUACAAGUUCAGCCAUUUGCCCCCUAAGGAGCGACAGACCAUGUUUGAGCUUUCUAAAAUGUUUCUUCUUUGCCUAAACUAUUGGAAGUUAGAAACGCCAUCCCAGUUCCGCCAACGCUCCCAAAAUGAUGAUGUGGCAACAUACAAAGUCAACUACACACGGUGGUUGUGUUAUUGCCAUGUUCCCCAGAGCUGUGACAGUCUUCCACGUUAUGAGACCACCCAGGUCUUUGGGCGCAAUCUCCUCAAGUCCACUUUCACGGUUACUCGCAGGCAGCUGCUUGAGAAAUUCCGAGUGGAGAAAGAUAAGCUGGUGCCAGAGAAAAGAACCCUCAUUCUCACUCACUUCCCCAAAUUUUUGUCAAUGCUGGAGGAAGAAAUCUAUGGGGAGAGCUCCCCAAUCUGGGAAGCUGACUUCACUGUGCCUGCAACUGAAGGGGCUCCACUUGUACCCCGAUCAGCUAUCAGUACUGUUCCUGCAGCUAGCACUCCUUUGUUCAACAGAUCUCUAAGUUGCAGCUCAUCUUUGGCAUCUAUUAAUCUGGAUGGGAGCUCACUGGAUUCUGUGCCAGGUGAGAAAAGGAAACUUCCAGAAAGUUUGACCCUUGAGGAUGCAAAGAGAAUUCGUGUCUUAGGUGAUAUUCCAAUGGAGCUUGUUAAUGAAGUGAUGCUUACUAUUACUGAUCCAGCAGCCAUGUUGGGGCCUGAGACCAGUCUCUUGUCAGCAAAUGCAGCCCGAGAUGAGACAGCCCGUCUAGAGGAACGGCGUGGAAUCAUAGAAUUUCAUGUCAUUGGCAACUCACUUUCUCAAAAAUCGAACAAGGAGAUCCUCAUGUGGCUGGUUGGGCUACAGAAUGUUUUUUCACAUCAGCUGCCUCGAAUGCCCAAGGAAUACAUCACCCGCUUGGUUUUUGACCCCAAGCACAAGACUCUGGCAUUAAUCAAGGAUGGUCGAGUGAUUGGUGGGAUCUGUUUUCGGAUGUUUCCAACUCAAGGAUUCACUGAGAUUGUCUUCUGUGCUGUCACAUCUAACGAGCAAGUCAAGGGCUAUGGAACUCACCUUAUGAAUCACCUGAAGGAGUACCACAUCAAACAUAGCAUCCUUUACUUUCUCACGUAUGCCGAUGAAUAUGCCAUUGGCUAUUUCAAAAAGCAGGGGUUUUCAAAAGAUAUCAAGGUCCCCAAGAGCCGCUACCUUGGCUACAUCAAAGACUACGAAGGAGCCACCCUGAUGGAAUGUGAACUAAACCCUCGGAUCCCCUAUACGGAGCUUUCACAUAUUAUCAAGAAGCAGAAGGAGAUCAUCAAGAAAUUGAUAGAGAGAAAGCAAGCACAGAUCCGUAAAGUCUACCCUGGCCUCACUUGCUUCAAAGAGGGAGUUCGACAUAUUCCGAUUGAAAGCAUCCCAGGCAUCCGGGAAACAGGAUGGAAGCCUCUGAAUAAAGAAAAGGGAAAGGAGCUCAAGGAUCCAGACCAGUUGUAUACUACUUUGAAAAAUCUCCUUGCCCAAAUCAAGACUCAUCCUAGUGCAUGGCCAUUUAUGGAACCAGUGAAGAAAUCUGAAGCUCCUGACUACUAUGAGAUUAUCCGCUUUCCCAUUGACCUAAAGACAAUGACGGAGAGGCUCAAGAAUCGUUAUUACAUUACCAAGAAGCUCUUUAUUGCUGACUUGCAACGUGUCAUUACCAACUGUCGUGAGUAUAACCCUCCUGAGAGUGAUUACUGUAAGUGUGCCAACACCCUGGAAAAGUUUUUUUAUUUCAAGCUGAAGGAAGGAGGACUCAUUGACAAGUAAGGACAGUUGCUGGCUACCUGGGGUUUCAUGUCCAUUUUAUCAGCCCCUCUCCAGCUUAUGAACAACUGGACUUUUUUCUUGCUGCCUUUUGUCACACUUCACGCACAGGUAGAUGUGACUGGUUGGACAUCAGAAAUUUGCUUGAUAUUGGGGGAAGGAAGAGACAAUGUGCACAGGUAUCUCUCUUCCUGAAUAGACUGAGAUCUGCCAUCAGCCUCUUAAUUUCUGAGCCUGAUCUCUCUAUCCGUUGCGCCUGCCUUUCCAGAAGGACAUAACUCUUUUUAUCACGGAAGGAGUCUGGAUUGUCAUAGAAGCUAUGAGGGAUUUGCUGCAAGUUCUUCCAGUUUUCCCGUUCUUUGUCCCUUUCCCCCAAAUUGGUCUUUUCCAUGUGUAUUGUGCUUAAGUUCUCAUUCUCCCCUCAGCUAGAGUGAGUUGAAGAACAUCUAUAGAGCACCAGAAGUUUGGGGAAAUUCUCUAAAGUUAAUUCAGAGGAUUCAUUUUGUUUGUUGCACUUUUUUUGAGGUUCAGCCAUUACUUUUCGACAUGUGAAUGUAGGAAAGGAGUAGUUAAAUGAAACCUGGAAGAUGAAAACUUGUGGAGAUUUCAAGUAUAGAGUUUUUAAAAGAGCCUUUGAUUGGGACCAUGUUUGAAGCCCAUUCAUUCCUUUAGCCAGUUUACAAGUGACUAAUGCUUGAAUGCUGUUUAUAGGAAAAGAACUUUUGUAUCUUAAGUUGAAUCAAAUCUGACUUCAAGGGGAAAAAAAUAUGGAAUUAAAAGGAGAAUAGCUCUUUGCCAUUUUUUUUUCUUUUACUUUGUCCUCUCGUUUAGUCUAAUGGAUUCCAGGUCACUGAUCUUUACCCUUGCAGAAUUGUCCAAAUAUCUGAAUGAAACUUCAUUCUCUCCUAGAGAAUAGUGUUACAUUUAAGAUUACUUCCUCAUAUACCAAAUCAAAAUAAGUAAAUUUGUGUCCCUUCUGUGCUGUUAUACUGUAGCCACUAAAUAUGAUCCAUUCCUUAUUAUAUUUCUUCUGUACUUAACUGGUCAUCACAUCUCUAGUCUGUGGAAGCUAAGUCUAAGGGUUAUAACUCUAGUAGUUUUGAACUCUGCCUUCAUUGGUUGUGACUUUUCAAGCCUCUCCAUCUCUGGUGCUUUUCUGAUUAUGUCAGCAACAAUGGUGAUUGUAUUUUUCUCUCACACACAUUCCCAUUAUGCACUUUGCUGCACAUAAUUCUGUGAGUAUUGGCCAUCUAUAUUAUUUUGAAAGAUACUAGGAGAGAUGUUUCAUAUACGGCAGCCAGUUUUGCUGCUAAUGAGAUAUUUUUGAACUCCCACAUUGUUGGAUCAAUUAUGAUUAACUUCCACACUGAUAGACACAUACAUCAUAUUAAUAUAUGUACUACUUUGUUAUGGAACAAAGCUAACACCCCCCCCCCACCUAAUUAUUUCUCAACUAAAAAAACCUAUUAUUUCUGGUUAUUCUUCUUUUACAAGGAGUGAGUAAAUUGACGAGAACAUUUACUAUUCAAGAAUUACCAUCUGUCACAUAUGGGGCCGUGUUAGGAUUUAAAAGAUUGCCUUAGAGGGUAAUAAAGGUUUUAAGUAGUUAGUAUUAAAUGGGAGGUACAGAUUGUCUACAAUCAGUGUCUGCUGUUUUCAAAACUUCCUAAAGCGAGGGAACAGAGGGGCAAAAAAUGGUGAGCAAAGUUAGUGUACAAAUGACUCUCAUUCAAUUACCACUUACUUUGUUUCCUGUUUGGUGAAUUGCCUUUGCAGCUGGAAAUCACUAAAUACCUGCUCUAAAAGUCGUAAUUUGGUAAGAGCAGCACAAUACAUAAUAUCUUGUUCACAAUUAUCCAGGUGCUUCUGUCAAUGUUGAACAUUUUGUUUCAGCCAGACACUAAAGAAGUUGCCAUGGAGAUUAAAUCAAAUGCUUUCUUCUAUUCCAUCUUCAGCACAUGCACUCCCUUCUCCUUCCUUUCAUAAGAAAAAGAAUUGCUUUGUGUGCUUUUUCAAGAAUCAUGGGGGGAGGGGAGAAGAGAGGAAAGCUUUUCAGUGGUUAUCUAUCCACCUUCUCUCAUGUUGCCUUAUAUCCAUCACUUUUGUGCUUGAGUUGUACAAUUGCAGGACCUGAUUCUGCCAUUCUGGCCUUCCAUAGUAUUGCCAUUCCAUUUUUAAUACAUGAAAUAAAAAUAUAGGACAUGUCUAAGCAGA